AUGCCUUUCUCGAAUGAAGGCCCUUUUGAGGAACCUGCGAUAAAAGCACCAACAUUCUUAUCACAGAGAUGUGCUGCUGGAAGAGGUGGAGUGGUGCCGGAAGCUAUGUCAGGUGUGCUCGAGAUUGGGAGAGUAGGGGGAUGUGCUGCUGGAAGAAGUAGAGCAGUGCCGGAAGCUAUGGCAGGUACGUUCGGAAUUGGAGAAAUAGGAGGAGGAACUGUUGGAAGUAGUGGAGAGGCAUCAGCAGCCAUGUCAGAGGUACAUGGGUCAGGAGAAGGAGGAGGUUUGCACUGCCGGAAGGCUCAGGACAACUUCAGCGACAGUAUGGGAAGGGCAAAAUCAGCCUCCGAUGAAGCACCUAUCGUGCCUUCAAUGGCGGCACGACCUGCAGAAGAAAGACGGAGUAUGAGCUAG